UAAAUGUAACCUCCCACCGUUCCCUCCAUCCUCGAUUCCUUGACCACCUCCAAAUCCAACUCCACAUUCAAAUCUCUCUCUCUCUCUCUCUGAGAGGUAGAAGACGCCAUGGACGGCCAUUCUCCCAUGAUUUAAACCUCGCCUUCCUCUUUCCUUUGCUGUCGAUCUCGCCCGUUCCCCCUUGCAGCCUCUUUUGUAAUCAGGUUCCCCUUAGAUCUCUCUCUCUUGGGUGGGUGUGCGGGACACAGAGUGGGAUCGGGGAGGCGGAAGGCGGCGGCGGCAGAAAGAUGGUGAGGUUGCCGUAUCUGACCGCCCUGACCACCCUCUUCAGCUACGGUCUCCUCUUCGCCUUCGGCCAGCUCAGGGAUUUCUUCCGGAAGAUCAUCGAUUGGUUCAAAUCCUCCUCCAAGGACCUCAAGGGGUAUGCGCCGAUCUGCUUAGGGCUCGAAGAUUUUUAUACCCGUCGCCUCUAUCUCCGCAUUCAGGACUGUUUUAGCCGGCCAAUUGCCAGUGCACCGGAUGCUUGGAUCGAUGUUGUUGAACGAUACUCUAAUGACAAUAACAAGACAUUGCAUCGGACCUCGAACACUACCAAGUGCCUUAAUCUGGGAUCAUAUAACUACCUUGGUUUUGCAGCAGCUGAUGAAUACUGCACACCCCAUGUUAUUGAUUCUUUGAAGAAAUACUCUUGCAGCACCUGCAGUGUCCGUGUAGAUGGUGGCACGACUGACCUACAUACCGAGCUGGAGGAGCUGGUCGCAAGGUUUGUGGGAAAACCAGCUGCUAUAACUUUUGGCAUGGGUUAUGUGACAAACUCUGCCAUUAUUCCUGUGCUGAUUGGGAAGGGAGGACUGAUUAUUAGUGAUUCUUUGAAUCAUAACUCAAUUGUCAAUGGUGCUCGAGGAUCAGGUGCAGCAGUACGUGUAUUCCAGCACAAUAAUCCCUCGCACUUGGAAGAGGUGCUGAGAGAGCAGAUAGCUGAGGGACAGCCCAGAACACAUAGGCCCUGGAAGAAGAUUAUUGUUAUUGUUGAGGGCAUCUACAGCAUGGAGGGAGAACUUUGCCAGCUUCCUGAGAUUAUAGCUGUUUGCAAGAAAUAUAAGGUCUACACUUACUUGGAUGAGGCCCACAGCAUUGGUGCAGUGGGAAAAACUGGCAGAGGGGUUUGUGAGCUCCUAGGAGUGGAUCCAGCUGAUGUAGACAUCAUGAUGGGCACAUUUACAAAAUCAUUUGGAUCUUGUGGAGGAUAUAUUGCAGCAUCGAAGGAAAUCGUUCAAUAUUUGAAGUACACUUGUCCAGCAUAUCUUUAUGCGACUUCCAUGUCACCACCAGCAGUGCAGCAAGUUAUAUCUGCAAUUAAAGUUAUUCUUGGAGAAGAUGGGUCAAAUAGAGGGGCCCAGAAACUUGCCCGCAUUCGUGAAAAUAGUAAUUUCUUCCGAUCAGAACUUCAGAAGAUGGGUUUUGAAGUUCUUGGUGAUAGUGACUCACCGGUUAUGCCAAUAAUGCUUUACAACCCAGCAAAGAUUCCAGCCUUUUCUAGGGAAUGUCUCAGGCAGAAUGUCGCUGUUGUCACUGUUGCAUUUCCAGCCACACCUCUUCUUCUUGCAAGGGCUCGUAUUUGUAUAUCGGCUGCACAUUCCAGAGAGGACCUGAUCAAAGGGCUGGAGGUUAUCAGCAAAGUCGGCGACCUUGCGGGCAUCAAAUACUUCCCUGUGGAACCACCCAAGCAUGAAACACAGGGCCACAAGAAGCUGGAGUAGAAAAUUCUCGGUUGUUGGUGAACCGAAAAAUUCCCUUGCUGGAAGCAAAUUCAACUAAUCACAAAGUUGUCUAUGUUCGGGUCUUCCCUUAAAUGAGCCAUGUUUGUCCAUCAGAAGCUAAAUUAGGUUAUCCACACUUAAUCGUCAUGGUAUUUUCUUAUGUACAGUUAGCUCAGUAAGCCGUGCUAAUUAAACAUGCUUUCUUAUUUUUGUUUAACAUCCCUUCUAUCAAUGUGGAAGUUGCAAACCAUGUCCCCCCUGUACUAUGUUCAAAUGGUUGAGUUAAUUUGUAUUAAACAGCAAUGGAUUCCACAAGCUGCUUUUACAUUCA